CGUCAUUUUUGUGCGCCGGAUAUACCCCUGCAAACAACGUGUUGAAGUGAGUUCAAGUGAAAAAUUUCAUCCACCGACAUUUAACAGUCAAAAAUUGAGUCAAAAGAGACCGCUUUUGUCGAAUCAUGGGUCGGAAAUUGGAUCCCACCAACAAGGUGAAGAGGGGACCGGGUAAGAAAGCCAAAAAGCAGCGUGGAGCAGAGGUUGAGUUGGCCAAGUUUAUAACAGAUGAGGAAACUGAGCCAAAACGGCUAUCAAGCAGAGCCAGGAAAAGAGCUGCAAAAAGAGUUCAGAAGCUAGACAAGCCUAAAGGCAUUGUUGAGAAACAGUCUAAGAAAGGAUUCACUGAUGAAAACAGCAAGUGGUUGAAACCAACAAAGAGGAAACGCAAACUUGAUGAACCAGAAAGCGAAGACGAUAGCGAGGAGCAUUGGGAAGAGGAAGAAGAUGAUGCAGAGGAGGAAGAAGAGCAGCUUGUGCCGAAGAAGGAGGGGAAAAAUAAAGAAAAGAAGGGUGCAAAAUUGGGAUUGAAGAAACUGGAGGAAGAAGAAGAUGGCGAGAGUGGUGAUGAGGAUGAUGAUGAUGAUGAUGAUGAAAUGGUUGACGACUAUGGUACACUUGAUGAUGACAAUGAAGAUGAAGCCAGAGAGGACAGCGAUGGAGACGAUCUUCUUCCCAUUGAGCGUGCUGCCAAAAAAGAAAAAAAGCUGAAAGAAUCCAUGGGUCUAGGAGAAGAGGAAGAUGUUGAUGAUGAUGAUGAUGAUGAUGAUGAUGAUGAUGACGAAGAUGACCAUGACAAUGAAGACGAACAGAAAUCAGAUGCUGACAUGGAUGAAGAUGACACAAUCCAAACCAACACAGUUGAUAUGGAUACAUUCAGACUGCCCACUGCAGAGGAGAGUGAGAAGGAAGGCAUCUUGUCUUUAGAUCUGAAGACAGUUCAUCAAAGAAUAAAGGACAACAUUGAUGUUCUCUGUAAUUUCACUGCGAAAAGAGAGAAGGGGAAAGACAGAAUCGACUACAUCGAUCUGCUGAAGAAAGACCUGUGUACUUAUUACAGCUACAACGAGUUCCUCGUUGAGAAAUUAAUGGACAUCUUCCCACUUUCAGAGCUGGUCGAUUUCCUUGAAGCCAAUGAAAUUCAGAGACCCGUCACAAUUCGGACCAACACACUGAAAACAAGGAGGCGAGACCUUGCACAGGCUCUGAUCAACAGAGGAGUAAACCUUGACCCACUGGGGAAGUGGUCUAAAGUGGGUUUGGUUAUCUUCGAUUCAUCUAUACCAAUCGGUGCCACCCCAGAGUAUCUGGCUGGUCAUUACAUGCUGCAAGGAGCUUCCAGCUUCCUGCCAGUCAUGGCGCUCUCUCCACAGGAGGGAGAAAUGGUGCUGGACAUGAGCUCAGCUCCAGGAGGGAAGACCACCUAUAUUGCUCAGCUGAUGAGAAACACAGGAGUGAUUGUUGCUAAUGAUGCAAACGCUGAAAGGCUGAAGAGCGUAGUGGGAAACAUUCACCGUCUUGGGGUCACCAACACUGUGGUCUGCAACUAUGAUGGCAGACAAUUCCCAAAGGUAAUGGGUGGGUUUGACAGAGUGCUGCUUGAUGCGCCCUGCUCAGGAACUGGAGUCAUCGCUAAAGAUCCGGCUGUAAAAACCAGCAAAGAUGAAGCAGAUAUUCAGCGCUCCGCUCAUUUGCAGAAGGAGUUGAUUCUGUCUGCCAUCGACUCUGUAAAUUCAGCAUCCGCUACUGGAGGAUAUUUGAUCUACUGCACGUGCUCCAUAACAGUGGAGGAGAAUGAGUGGGUGGUGGACUAUGCUUUGAAGAAAAGGAAUGUCAAGUUGGUCCCCACAGGACUUGACUUUGGGAAGGAAGGCUUCACCAGUUUCCAAAAAUAUAGAUUCCAUCCUUCUCUUAAACUCACACGACGAUUUUACCCACAUUCACACAAUAUGGAUGGAUUCUUUGUGGCCAAAUUCAAAAAGUUCUCCAAUAUAGUUCCAUCUGCUGCCACUGGGAAAGAAGAAGAGAAAACUACAGAAGCUCUUGAGGCUACAGAAGCUACAGACUCGUCAAAAGAGAAAUCAUCCAAAAGCGACAAGGCAAACAAGGCUGCCCCGACAAAAGCAGGCGUCUUAAAGCAAAACGCCAAAGCAAAUGGAACAGCAGUCAAGAAACCAGCAAACAUUAAGUCAACGGGACAAAAGAACUCGAAAACUGGACCAAAGAAGGCAAAGAUCGCUAAGAUGGAUGAAGAGACCGAGGUCGGGACAGAGGCCCAAAAGUCUGGAGGGAAGAUGCCAGGUCAGCGUACAGCAAAACCUGGGAAAGAAGGAGGAAGAAAAUUUGAGAAAAAACAAGGAAAAAAGAUCAAGAUGCACAUGAAGGGGAAGAACAGGAUGGCAAAGAAUAAACUCAAGAAGAUGAGGCACAAAAAUAAAAAGUGAUGGGACAGUGUGGGAAAAUAUUUCAGAUUACAAAAAAUACAAACUGUGGAGUUUUAUUACAAACCAGACAAGUCUUCAUUUGUUUGGAUCUGUAUUCUCUGUCAUGUCAGAGCAGGAUGUGUUAAAUGUUUGUAACACGACUUUGGUCUAAUGAAUUCACUGCUUUUUCUUUUUAAAGUUUGGUUCAUUUUAUUUGUCAGUUCAUUGCUGGCAAAUUACAGCAUUGCCAGUGACAAAACAAUAAAAAAGAACUCUUAAGAGAU